GGUUCCACUGUGAGCGCGCAUACGGAAGGAGCGCAACGCUCGGACAGACGCGACGCAUCUGAGACCCUCUGCGAUAUCACGCUGGACUGUUGCUGCUCUAUUUGACGGUCAACGUGCAGACGCGACGCGAGGAUGCCGUAUAUCCUGAUCAGCACACAGAUACGACUGGAGACGGGACCCACCAUGGUCGGAGACGUGUAUUCCGAUCCAUCGUUGAUGAACUACCUCGGAGCCCGGGAAACCACCAUGCUGGGAAACAACUUUUCAGAGUACCAUGUGGAUGAACCUCCGAGACUGGUCUUGGAUAAACUCGAGAAGAUCGGCUAUAGAGUUGUCACUAUGACGGGUGUCGGACAGACGCUGGUUUGGUGCCUUCAUAAAGACACCAGUAACACUUUGUGACUCUAAUGUCUCUGUAUAUUCCAGGUAAACAUGGUGAAUGAGUUAAAAGGUGCAGUAAUUGCACACCUUGAGCACUUUGUAGACAAUAUAUCGGUUUAACCGAUUAAUCGGUGCCGAUAGUUGCUUUUUGGAACAAUCGGUUAUCGGCAAAAAUCUAUGCUGAUAGUUGCAUAGAUGCUGAUUAUUUUCUUUUUUUCAUAAUUCUCUGUGGCCGGCUUGAUUGUACAGUAUAACGGCGGCCUCUAUAGGUAAAAUAAAAACAAUCAUAUAGAGAUUUGCAUAAUAAUAAUCAUUUUUUGAAUAGUAAUACACCUUAAUACUCAUCAAACCUAAAUCUGGUGAAAUAUGUAUAUACAAAAAAAACCUUCAUCUGGUGAAUAUACUGUAGACUAUAAAAGACUUAAUUUGGUAAAUACUUAAAUAUAGAGCAUUGUAACAGAGCUUAGACUGCGUCAUUUCAAAAUAAGAGUCCCUGGUGGGUUUCGGGCUUGUUUAUAGUUAAAAGUCCCACAUUAUGCACAAAACAUUCUUUUUUUUUCUUUUUCUGAUUAUUAUUGGGAUUUUUGGUUGACUAAUAUUUAUUUUGGAUUCUUUGAGCCUCUAUAUAUUUUUUACUAUCGGCCGAUUAAUCGGUUAUCGGCCUUUUCCACCACCUUAGUCAUCGGUAUCUGCAACAUCCACUAUCGGUCGACCUCUUCUCAUAAUAGUGAAUAUGUUUGAUGAAAUUACAGCAGCCUAUAAACGUCUCACAAAAUAUAUUUGAAAUGUGUUUCUCGAAAAUAUGAAAUUAUUAUCAGUUAUAUACAAUCACUUGCUUAAAAAAGGGACCAGAAAUGUAAGCAACAAUUUGUGGGGUUAAUUAUUCUUUUAUAUGAUGAAUUUAUUUAAUUUUUUUAGAUACUCUGCAUACAUGCUUAUAUGUCAAGAAAGUCAGAUUUAUUUUGUGAUUUUAGACACAAUGUAAAAUGAGUUCAUUCAGUCUAAUUAUAUAGAUUGGGGGUACAUCAUUAAUAUUCUAAUAUGUUCAAAAAGUGCAAAGUACAUUAUUAAAUCUAUAGAAUCUCUCUAUAUAUCUCUAUAGACAAAGACAACUCUUUGCAAUUAAAUAUUCACCUAUUUUAGGUUGAGUUUAAAUUAGUUUGAUCAUACAAUUUAAAGCUUUGAUUCGUUAUGCAUUUUUGUUGCAGCAUAUGUACAUAAUUUCAUCUGUAUUGUACGGAUGAGAAUCUUGUCAUUUUAAUAUUGUGUCUGUAUGCUUGUUUGGCGAUCUGCAAUAAAAAAAUACAAAUAGCUGGAUUAAAA